UGUCCGCCGGUGCAGUGUAUCGGAAGCAGAGAAGAAGAAGCUCAGCGUCGUUGUUGUAAUUGACGGACAGUUUGACACUCACCUGGUGGACAGGUGCGACCACAACCAGGAACAUUAAAUAUCCAUCUCCUCUCAGUGGACAUCGUCUCUGCUGAUCAAAGGUCGUCUCCUCCUCUAGCAGCGAUGGCUCUGAUCUCUCUGGAAGACCUCGACGGAUUGGACGACGAGCAGCUGGAUGAUGACAUCACCGACAACCCUGAACCAAUGGAUGAAGAGGAAAGAGACCGACUGCUGACUCACUGGCAGGCAGUCGCCAGUACCCACCAUGUGUCAGUACCUCCAGACAUGACUGGACCCAUACAGGAAAUGACCCGCAACAACCAGCAGAGGGAGACCCUCCCCUUCGCUCCAGUGUCCCGCCAUGAGAAGAUGGGGGAGGAGCUGUAUGAGGAGCGUCUGUACGCAGCAGGUCACUGGGCGUGUGUGACUCGGGGGGAGGAGCUGUAUGAACAGAGCAUCUCGAUGGGCUUCAUGAAGCUGAUGCGUUUUAUCUGUAAAGAAAACUCUGCAGGCAAGUACCUGGGGAUGACGGUGCCGGUAGUCAGUAACAUCCACAUGAUGAAGGACGGGAUCACGUUUGAGAAAGACGUCCAGAUAGCAUUCUUCCUGCCCUCCGAGUUUCAGACCAACCCCCCCCGCCCCACCGACCCCGACAUCACCAUCAUCUACAGAGAGCCAAUCAGAGUGGUCGCCAGGACGUUCUACGGGACAACCACGGAGGAGACGGUGACCAAUCAGAUCAGCCUGCUGUGGGAGAUUCUGGGCGUCACCGAUGACCUCUGCAGAGACGGCUACAUGGUCGCCACAUACGAGAACCCCGGGGUCCCUCGCCGCCGGAAUGAGAUCUGGUUUAUUAGACGCCACCUGUAGACGCCUCCUCUGAUUGGCUGGUUGUUUAUCUGCUCACUUCCUGUAUUUUUAUGUUGAACUGACUAAUCAGAGCAGGUUUGCGUUUGUUAGCAGGUCCUGACACUAAGCCCCGCCCCCUGCCUCUCCUGUCUAAUCAGAGCGCCUCUCUCUUAAUCACUGACACCCUAUUGGUUCACACAUUAAACGAUCCCACGCCGCAGCAACAGGAAAUACAUCUGUUUUAUCAAGGCUCCGUCCUGAUUGGCCAAUCAGAUCGAUCAGAUUAAAAACAUCAAUGGAACAUCUGAGAGGAGCUCCGCCCACCAGCUUAGUUUAGCUUAUCUUAGCUUAAUUUAGCUUAGCAUUAAGACUUUGUUGUGGACCUGGUCCUGUCCUGGACUUGGUUACAGUGGUUCUGGUCCUGGACACCUGGUUGUUAACCUGGUCCUGAAUACGGAUGUGGUGGUGGUACUGGACCUGGUCAGGGUCCUGAUUUUGGACCCAGUCCUGGAUCUGGACCUAUUCCUGAUCUUGGACCUGGUCAUAGACCCAGUCCUGAUCCUGGUCUCAAAGGGGGCAGUGGCAGUCCUUUAGUAUAUUGCAGUUUUUCUACAGUCGAUCUGUAAGGUUCUGGUUCUGGUCUCAGCAUGAGAUCUGAGGACGGUUCAAUAUUUUGUAACGAGGUGAUGAUGAAGGUUUUUAAGAUGUAAAAUAUUAAAGUGAUGAUGAUGAUGAUAAUGAUGUCAUCAGUAUUUGAUGUGAAACAGCUUUUUGUGAUUUCUGGUGACUUCCUGUUUAUUUUCACUGUAAAAGUGUUUUUAUUGUUGUUUUGUUCCUUUAACAUUUGUGUUUGAAAUAAAAUCUGAUCGGAG